AUGGCACCCUCUCGAAAAGCCCUAAUUGCUGUGACUUCGGCCAAGGCUAGCCUCUUCAACGGCAAGGAAACAACAGGUCUAUUCAUUACCGAAGCUCUCCAUCCUUUCAAGGUUCCUGUGGGCGCCGGUUUCGAGGUGGAUCUAGCGUCCGAGACAGGGACCUACACGCCCGACUGGUUAUCCCAGCAACCCGAUUUCCUGAGCAGCGAGGACUUGGAGAUCUGGAACAACGUGGACAGUGACUUCCGGAAGAAGCUUGAUAAUAUGCCCAAGGCAUCUGAGCUAGAUGGAUCUCAAUACGGUCUAUUCUACGCCUCCGCCGGCCACGCUGCCCUGAUCGAUUACCCGACGGCGCACGGACUUCAGAAGAUCGCCGAGCAGGUCUGGGCUAGCGGUGGUGUAGUCGCCUCUGUUUGCCACGGACCUGCCAUCUUCGCGAAUAUCAUCGAUCAAUCGACAAGAGAACCCAUCAUAAAAGGUAAAAGGAUUACUGGCUUCACCACCGAGGCCGAAAAUACGAUGGGGAUUAUGGCGGACUUGAGAAGCUGGAAUACCGAAAUGGUGGAGGAGCUUUCUGCGCGACUCGGCGCUACGUAUGAACGAUCAAGUGGAAUUUGGGAUGACUUUCAUGUUGUUGAUGGGCGUCUGGUUACUGGACAAAACCCUGCCAGUGCAACUUCAACAGCCAAAGCCGCAGUAAAAGUAUUCGAUAAGCUGUAA